AUGAAAACCCAACAAUUUUUUAAAUGCAAUUCAUCGACGACGACGCCCGCCGACAACAACGAAUCUCAAAACAAAUCUUCACCAAACAACGACGAUAUAGCCGAACAACAACAUCAAAAAAAUAAAAAUCAAAAUCAACAACAGAACGGUGAUUUAAAUCCAAAAUCACCUGAUGUAAAUUUAAAUAGUAAUAAGAAUAACAACAGUAAUAAUAGUAGCAGCAGCAGUAAUAAUAGUAGUAGCAGUAAUAAUAAUAAUAAUAAUAAUAUAAAAGAUAUGUUUUCAAUUGAUUUUUCAUCUUGGUCAAGGAAUAAAGAUGAAUUGGUAGAUUUUUCAGUUUCAAUGUUUGAGGAGGUCGGACUCAACAAAGAGUUCAACUUGCAGCACGAUACACUGGUUUCCUACAUCUCAACGGUAAAGACCUUCUACAGAGACAAUCCAUUCCAUUCUUUCUAUCAUGCCGUCACUGUCACGCAAAUGGUUUUUCUCAUGAUCUCUCAAACCGAACUUAAAAACUUUUUAUCACCUAUCGAAAAACUUUCAUUGUUAAUUGCAGCGAUAUCACACGAUUUGGAUCAUCCAGGUUUGAAUAACAGAUUCCAAAUCAAUAUUAAAUCAGAACUUGCAUUGCAGUACGAUAACAAGUCUGUGCUGGAGAAUCAUCAUUUGUCACAGUGUUUAAGAUUACUCAGAGAUACCAAGGCCGGUCAAUCACUACUCUCCAGUCUGACAGAGGACGAAAGAGCUAUCAUCUUUGAAAAAGUUAGAAUCAUGAUUUUGGCCACUGAUAUGGAGCAACAUUUCGCCUAUAAACAGAAAUUCGAUGAACUGAUACCUAUUUUCUCGUGGGAUAACCAAGAGCAUAGAGAUUUGUUAUUUAUAAUGUUAUUAAAAUCAGCUGAUAUCUCCAAUGAAUUAAGAUCAUUUGAAAUUUCAAACAAGUGGGCCAAUGCUUUAAUGGAAGAGUUUUUUGCACAGCAAUACCAUUUUGCUUAA